AUGACUUUCGAAUACGGCACCGAAACGUACGAGCAGGCGUUUCCCGAUCACAGGGAUUCCUUCACCAGACCGUCUAUUCGCGGGUACAUAUCGUACGGACUCAAGUUCCACGAAGCCUGUGCUAAGCACCCCAGCGAGACUUUUCGCUGCUCUCGUGUGUACAUUUUGGAUUCUGCUUCCCUGGCCAACAACACGUUCGCUCUCGCUGCUUUGAAGAAGGCGCUGGGAGCGAAGGUCGUUGGUGUAAAGACUGGCUUGACCAGUCAUACUAUGUGGAGUGAAUGCGUAGAAAUCACCAAUGAGUGUCGUUCCAUGGCAGUGGACCUGAUUAUUAAGCUGGGAGGGGGCAGUCUAACCGAUGCCGGCAAACUGAUUGUUCUGGCACUCGCGAACGACGUAACUCAGUCUGACGACUUGAAGAGACUUCCCGCCAAUUAUGGCGCUGAGGCGGGCGGAACAAAACGAUCCGUUGUUCCUUAUACCAACUACUCCGGAGCAACCGAGGAUUCCACCAAGCGUAAAUACCAGUUUGGCCCCCCUCUGGUUGGACCUGCCCUUGUGAUUCUCGAUCCUGAGCUCGCACUCAUGACCCCGGACAAGCUCUGGCUCAGCACUGGUGUCCGGGCUGUGGAUCACUGUGUCGAAACAUUGUGCUCACUCACUUUCAACGAGAAAGGCGAUGCCGAUGCGAGCCAAGGUCUCAGGAAUCUCAUUUCUGGACUCUUGAGAUGCAAGACAGAUCAAACCGAUUUGGACGCUCACUUCCUGUGUCAGAUCGGCGUCAAGUUCGCCAUUAGCGCUCCAUGCCGUCAAACCCAGCCCGCCAUGGGUGCGUCGCAUGCCAUCGGCCAUAUGAUGGGGCCUCUGGGCGUUGGCCAUGGCGAAACCAGCUGCAUCGCCCUUCCAGCCGUGUGCAAGUUUAAUGCUGCCAAAGGAGCGAAUCUCGAACCUCAGCGCAAGGUCUUUGACAUUCUCUGGGAACUCAAGGAAAUUCAAGGUCUAGGAUUGGACAAGGAGAAGGCGGACCUGGGAGAUGUGCUUGAUGCCUUCUUCCGCGUCCUCGGCAUGCCGAGGACGUUGAAGGCUGUCGGCGUCGCCGGAGACAAGGUCGAUCUGCUCGCCGAGAAUACAUUGCAUGACGAUUUUUGCGGCGACCAAUCCCUACCCACUCAAGACCAAGGAGGAUGCGAUGUACCUAGUUUUCUUGACUUAAAAAAGUCCAUCUUAAUUUUGUUCGUUUGCAUGAACAACCCAACCCUAUCACAUACAGGCGAACUUGGUACAAAUACGCACGAACGAUGA